AAAACUUCAAGCAUCACCGUUUGAAGUCGACACUGGAGAGACUAGCCGCGAGAGAGAGACUUUACAGUAGCCAAGACUCCUGGGGAAGAGCAAGAGGGAGUGAUAGAGACAUGGGGAGAGGGCAGGGAGACAGGAGGAGGAGGAGAUCCGUGGGCGUGUCCCGGAAGCACACGGUGGAGACCCUGGUGGUAGCUGACGCAAAGAUGUACAAGUUCCACGGGGAAGACGUGCAGCAGUACGUGCUGACGCUGAUGUCCGUU